AUGAGGAGCGGCGGCGAGCGCGGCGGCUCCGCGGGGCGCGGCGCGGCCCACGGCGGCAAAGGUCUAUUCUCAAACAUCUGGCUGUGGCGAGCUGUCACUGGAGUUCUUAGUGCUGCUGUCAUUUUGAUUUUGUGUAUUCAGUUUGUAAACCCUUCUCCAGCCAAAGGCUCUGCUGUGUGCCCUCCCCUGGACCUGUGUCCAUCAGGCUGGCUGUACUUCCAGAGGAAAUGUUAUUACCUCUCGGAGGAUGAAGCCACCUGGAACUCCAGCCAGAGCUACUGCUCUUCCCACAACGCUUCCCUCCUGGUCAUCGAAAAUCAGCAGGAGCUGACCUUUAUUAUGAAGAUUACAAAGCAAGACCCAUGGAUUGGACUCUCUAAAAGAGAUGAAGAGUUCUGUUGGGUGAAUGGAGAAGCAUUACACAAUGAACUGUUUGAAGUAAAAGGCUCUGGAAGCUGUGCCUACCUGGAGUCCAAAGGAGUUUCAGCCUCAGGAUGUUUUUUAACCAGGAAAUGGGUCUGUAGCUUGAGUAUCAACUCAGCACAAUGAAGGUGGGCCAUGCCACCUCCCCUGACAUUCAGAGCCCUGGUAUGAUGUCUACACCGGCUAUGUCUGUGCUUUGGGACGUGGGAAUGUGUCCCAGCUCCUACCUGGAAGUGAAUGACUUUUCUGGCGGCCAGAAUUGUCCACCCAUGGAGGGAGGCUUUAAAGAUACCAUUUAAAAGACUCUCUUCAGCAUCUUGAUUAGUCAUUUCCUUGCCCCAUUUUUCCAGCUACUGCCCAGCUGUAGUUUCUUUUUGUUGGAACAUCAGUAUUUCUUCCAUUUCCUCUUCUCUUGUAGGAGCAGCUGUUCUUUCUUUCCCUUUUGGGUGUGCAGUUGGAGGGUUUUGUUACGCUUUUCCUUUAGCCAGACUCUGUGCAGGGAUGGGUGGUGAAGUGGGUCUGUCUGGAGGAGUGCCAGUGCCUCAUGGAUGCAGGGUAGUGCAGAAGUGAACACUGUUGUUUUAGACAGGAUCACAGCAGAUUUCCUUUCUCCAUGUUUGAUGGGAUGCACCUUGCAUUGUAUUCCAUGUUUUGUUUUGUUAUGUUACAUCAGUCUUGUUAAAUCCUGGUGGUAACACUGUCAAGCUAAUUUAUGUAGCUGCACUGCACCUGAAGUUAUCCUCACAAUACUUCAUUUAGCCAAAAAAGGUCACAAUAGAUAAGAAUAUUUAUUUACCUGAGCAUCUGCACUGAUGGGGUUGGGGGGGAAAGAAGAGUUGGAACUGAAAGAGUGAUAGUGAAGCUGCAGGCAUUAAUGUAUAAAGGUAGAAGUAGUCCUCAGUGCAAAGAGGCAAAAUCAGGAGAAGGGAAUGAGAGAAUUAACAACAAGGGAUGUUUCUCUGUGUUUCUCAUGGUGCCUGUCACGGUGUGAGGCUUCUGAGCAAGGGGGACCUUUCCAGGUGGACAGCCAGUGUUUCCUUGUGUAGGUGACCUUGUCAGCAGCAGCCUCCAGUGCUCUUGGAUUGCUGGGAGCCUGGACAAAAUUAGGGCACAAUCCCUCUGAUUGUCUGAGUCCCACUCAUAUCUAGCAGGUUAUCCAAAGAUUAAAAGUGUCAUUUGACCCAGAGGAAGAAAGUUUUCCUGGAAGGAAUGUAAGUAUCAAGUUUCUAGAGAGGGAAGAAUGGGAAGUUCACCCUCAUUAUUUUCUGUGACAGAAGGACUUGACUGUAGCAGGACCAUGCACAUGGAUACUUCUGGGAGAAGGGAAUACAGGUGACCUUGUCCCUGAUAAGUAACAGCUGUGUUAAUUACCUGGUUGUAAUAAAGAUAAGUGUGAUAAAAGGGAGUGGGUUAGCUGGUGAGGAUCAUGAAGGAGGAAGAGGGAAUGAGAGGAUAAUGAAGAAGAAAAAGGAUCCUGGGAGGAGAGAGUCACUGCUGUGAGGUCAGUCUGGGUCUGCAGUCAGAGCCUGUUGUUGGAACCUGCAGCCACAGUCUAGCUGGGUAAAAGCCUGCAGUCAGUCUGCAAACUGAUCCCUGCAGUCAGAGUCCAGCAGGCAAUAACCAGCAGUCAGGGGCUGCAAGGGAAACCUGCAGCAGGAGCUUGCUGCAGCCAGGGGCAGUGAAUGGUUGGAGACAGGAUGGCUGAGCUGUAAAGAGGAACAAACCAGGGCCCUUUUCAUACUGUGAUAAACAAGAAGUCUGUGUGUUGGCUCAUUUCUAUUCUGUAACAGGAGUGCUGCUGCAACAGAUGCUGUCAGCAACUUGUGACUUUCAGAUGUUUAUUUAAAUAGAGUCACUAAUUUUUCUGUAUUACACUUUUCUUAAUUGCUUGUAUUCUUUAUAUGCACAGUAACAGGACUCUAGAGUACAAAAAGCCUAAUUAUCUAUUAAUUUAUAUGUUGGGGGAAGGGUGUUAUCUGCAGUGUUUUUAAAUUAGUCUUAUUCUGAAGGAUAUGGUAUGUGCAAUAGUCCUGAAAAGAUACUUAAUAAAUAUCUU